AUGGAUUCCCGCUCUUCAUCCGACGGUCUGAAUUCAACUCCAGACUCAUCGUCCUCCCCCACUUCCUCACCAUCCUCAGCCGUCCAACGCGCUCUGCAACUUAUCCAAUCCGACAACCAGGAUUCCAAGCUCCAGGGCGCCCAGGAAAUCCGCCGCCUCACCAAGACCUCGCACAGGUGUCGGCGCCAGCUGUCGGCCUCGGUGGGCCCGCUCGUGGCCAUGCUCCGAGUCCCUGACUCGACUGAGUCUCACGAGUCCGCCCUCCUCGCUCUCCUCAAUCUCGCCGUCAAGGAUGAGACGAAUAAAAUUAAGAUUGUGGAAGCUGGUGCUUUAGAACCAAUAAUUUCUUUCCUUGAGUCACAAAGUUCCAACCUGCAGGAGUAUGCAGCUGCAUCUCUACUCACUCUAUCGGCUUCUGCGGUCAACAAGCCAAUCAUAGGUUCUUCUGGUGCCAUUCCUCUUCUGGUGGAAACCCUUAGACAUGGAAGCCCACAAGCCAAAGUUGAUUCAGUAAUGGCUCUUUCCAAUCUCUCAACACACCCAAGUAACCUUACCAUCAUUCUUGAAGCAAAACCAGUCCCUUCUAUAGUCACUUUAUUAAAACCCUGCAAGAAAUCUUCAAAGACGGCCGAAAAAUGCUGUGCUCUGAUAGAGUCUCUGGUGGGAUUUGAUGAGGGCAGAACUGCAUUGACAUCUGAAGAAGGUGGAGUGCUUGCAGUGAUUGAGGUGCUCGAAAAUGGAUCGCUGCAAAGUCGGGAGCACGCAGUUGGUGCUCUGCUAACAAUGUGCCAAAGUGACAGAUGCAGAUAUAGAGAAGCAAUUCUGAAAGAUGGUGUGAUCCCUGGACUUCUCGAGCUCACAGUUCAAGGAACACCAAAGUCUCAGACAAAAGCACACACGCUUUUGCACUUAUUGAGGGACUCCCCCUAUCCAAGAUCAGAGCUUCAAGCAGACACACUGGAGAACAUUGUAUGCAACAUUAUCUCCCAGAUUGACGGUGAUGAUCAGUCCGGUAAGGCGAAGAAAAUGCUGGCCGAGAUGGUUCAAGUUAGCAUGGAGCAGAGCCUGAGACAUUUGCAGCAAAGGGCUCUGGUAUGCACACCAACUGAUCUGCCUAUCAGUACUUGCACCUCUGAAGUGUCUUUGAAAUGA